AUGACAACAUACAACGUGACCGCCAUGGUUUCAACCAUCUUUGCAGUCAUUGGACUUCUAUGUUCCAUGAGCAAUAACUUGAUGGAGCUGCAGGGCUGCCAAGGAGACAUGAUGGGCUUGGUCACAAACUGCAUGAUGUAUGUCCAGAAGGUCUUGCCAUUGCCAAACAUGAAUGCAUCCAAGGCAUGUUGCAAUGCUUUGAACACAGCUGACAUUCCAUGCCCGUGCCAUGGCAUUUCUGGUCAGCUUGAGCAGACGAUCAUCGACACGGCCAAGAUUGUUUCUGUUGCAGAGUCCUGCGGCAAGCCUCUUGCACAUGGGACACAAUGUGGGAGUAAGAAAACCCUACUAAAACCUCUGCACAAUAUAUGA